GUUUUGCUGAAAGACGCAUUUAAAAGAGGAGAUACGAGUCAAUAGGAAUCUGAAAAAAAAUUAAAAAAUUUAAAUAGGAGUGAGACAAAAAGAUUCAGUGCCUUAUCACUUGCAGUGUCGUGUAAUCUCCAUUGAUAAUGAGAUACUUUAUAUACAUCCUACUUUAUUUGAAGAUUCUUGUCAUAUCAGCAGAUGAUGCCGCUAGUACUGAUAAAUAUUUAUCAUGCGAAUAUAGUGACACAGAUUGGCAAGCACUGGAUAUUGAUCAACUAUAUACUUGUGACAUUUUGACAGAUACUAUUGACUCCCCUAAUUAUAAAAUCAAGUAUGAAUCAUCAGAGACUGAAAAAGUAGAAGGAUUGCGAUUCCUUGACAACAAAAAUGUAAAAUUUCUGCCCAACAACAUUGGUGAAAUAUUUCCAAAUCUAAAAGCAUUAGCAGUAUCUGGUACAUACUUGAAUACAUUAAACAGCAAUGACUUGAAAAGCUUAACAAAACUCAGAUAUGCAACAUUUGCAAAUAGCGACUUGAAUGUGAUUGAAGAUGGUACAUUUAAAGACUUAAGUGCGUUGGAAGAGCUUGAUUUCAGAGACUCAAAUAUUCGUAUUAUUGAAGAAGAUGCUUUCCAUGGCAUGACAUCAUUAAAAACUUUAUACUUGAGUGGCAAUAAACUCAACUCAUUGGAACCGAAAACGUUUGAUGGGCUAGAAUCUCUUCAUUCCUUAUCACUUGAACUAAAUCAUUUGGAGUAUAUUGAUGAAAAUUUAUUCGAAACAAAUGAAAAUCUAGCAGACAUUUGGCUUAAUAAAAAUAAAAUUAUUGGAUUGCCGUAUAAAGUCUUUGAAAAAAUUCCGAAACUUGCUUAUGUGGACUUGCAAGAGAACAUUUGCAUCGAUUAUGCUUAUGAUAUAGACAAUUUUGAUGAAUUGAAAGACGAUUGUGAGAGUAAAUGUACAGCAGUUCCUCCUCCGAGAGAAGUCCAUACAAAACCAGAUAAAGUUGAUGAAUUAAUUGAGGAAAUUGUUGAAAAUAAGCCUAAUGAAACAUUCAGGAAUGAGUAUAAAAUUGAUGGUGACAUUGAUACAGGCACAUACAGUCAGUCCAUUAAUAUUAUUGAAUUACCAGAUGAGAUCGAUGAAAGUGUAAUUAUGAAUGAUGUUUCUUCGAAAAUUGUUGAAUGCCAAACUACUCAAAUGGUUUGGAAAUUGUCCAAUUCAGAGCUACCAACAUGUGUGAUUGAAAAUCAAAUUAUCGACUCGAAAGACUUUAAUAUAGCUCAUAGUGCUGAUGGGAAUGCAAUAAAGGCGAUGUCAUUUGCACAAAAUAAAUACAUAAAGUUUCUUCCACAGAACAUUGGCACAUACGCUCCGAAUUUAGAAGAGUUUUCUGCAAGAAAUACUUCAUUGAGAGUUAUCUCUAAAAACAAUUUUGCCGGUCUGAAGCAUUUGAAGUCGUUAAAUCUUGCUGAUAACAAAAUUAAAUUCAUUGACUCUGAUGCUUUUGAUGAUUUGACAUCGUUGGAGGAAUUGGACUUGAGUGGCAACGAAUUGUCAACACUAGAUAGUGAGAUUUUUAGAAAAUUGAAGAAUCUUAAAACACUCCGCAUCGGAAGCAAUCAAAUUCAUUCAUUUCCACCAAAUUUAUUCCAAAAUUUGAGAAACUUGGUGAAUAUAUCCAUCAGUCAUCAGCAUAUAUCGGAUAUAAAUGCGAAUACAUUUAAGGCAAAUACAAAGUUAAAGAAUGUAUGGAUGAAUUCAAAUAAAUUGAAAUCCUUAAGUCCAAAUAUGUUCACUUCAAAAUUGAAGGAUUUAGAAUAUGUAGAUAUGAGAGAUAACAAGUGUAUUGAUGGAUUUUAUGAUCAAUCGCAUUUCCAACAAAUGAAAACUGAAAUUCACGAGAAAUGUGGGAAGAAAUAUAUCGUUCCGUUGAGCACAAAAUUGGAGGAUCAAAAGAAGAAAGGCAAGAAACCCAAAAAGGAUAGCAAAAAGAAUAAAAAUCCAAAGGUAGAGGCAGUCGAUGAAAGCAACUUGGAAGAAAAAGAAGUGAUUUGUGAUUAUGAAGAAGUUUUCUGGCCACAUUUGAAUAAAACAUUAAAAACUUGUGUCGUCAAUGAAGCUAUAGACAAUUCCAACUAUCUAAUAUCAGCAAAUCCAUUAUUUUCAAGCGACUUUGUAAAUGCUGACACAAUCGAAGCCAUUUCAUUUAAGAAUAACAAAAAUGUCAAAUACCUUCCGAAAAACUUAUUUAAUAUCUUUCCAAACUUAGUGGAAUUUUCUGCAGAAAAUGCUGGUUUGACAAAAAUAAAUCCACAAGAUUUUAAAGGAUUAAAAAAACUAAAGUCAUUGAAUUUAUCUGCAAAUGGGUUAACAAAUAUUGAUCGUGAAAGCUUUAAAGAUUUGACAUCUUUAGAAGAGCUUAUAUUGGAUGACAAUGACAUUGAGGAAUUUGAAGAAGAAACCUUUACGCAUACUAAAAAAUUGAAAAAACUUCGCAUGAAAGGAAAUAAACUAAAGACUGUCCAUGAAACAUGGCUUGAAGAUAUGCCAGAUUUAGAGGAAGUAAGCUUUACAUUUUCUGACCCUGUUGUUCUACAGAAACAAAUUUUCGAUAAGAAUCCAAACCUUAAAGACAUUGAUUGGAAUGGUAUACAUUAUGAUGGAAAAUUAAAUGAAAUUGAUGAUGCUGUUGUUGACACCACAGAAGUGAAUGAAAGUCGGAAGGAAAUAUCAUGUAAAUACGAGGAAGUUCCCAUUCCAGAAAGUGGAGAAACAAUGACUGUCUGUAAAAUUGAUGAGAGUGAAAUCAUAGAUGAUUCAGAUUACAUUAUUAAGUCAUCACCACAUAAUAAUAAGGUUAAAAAAUUUGUCAUGUACAAUAAUCCAAACAUUAAGUUCUUACCAAGAAAUCUUGGCAAAACUUUUCCAAUGCUGGAAGAAAUUGAUGUCGACAAUACCGCACUUGGUGUGAUUGAUAGAGAAAGUUUUUACAACUUACCGCUCAUGAAAACAUUGAAGAUGUCGAGGAACAAAAUUCAAAAUUUUGAAAGUGACACAUUUGAUGAUAUACCUCAACUUGAAGAGCUUGAUUUGAGUGAUAAUGAUGUCGAGCUGAUUAAAGAUGGAGCAUUUUAUAAAAUGAAUAAUUUAAAGGAUUUAAAACUUGGAAAUAAUAAAAUAAAUUCAAUAGAUCCGAAAACAUUCAAGGUGAUGAAAAAUCUAAGAAAAAUUUCCCUUCCUGGUAACAACAUUGAAUUUUUGGACCGUCAUACAUUCAAGAAUAAUCCAAAUAUUGAGGAAAUUGAUUUGAGUGAAAAUGAUAUUGAGUCAUUGAAUCCAAGGACAUUUGAAAAAUUGAGAAAAUUGAAGAGGGUCCUUUUCAAAGGAAAUAAAUGUCUAGAUGAAGAAUUCAACUCAUCAGAGCUGUCGAAAUUGAAAAAUGACAUCUUUAAGAACUGCAAAAUGCCUAAAAAAUCAACAAAAGAAGUUUCAUGUGAGCUUGAAGAUGUAGAAGAAAUAACGAGUGACGUUGUUGAUAUAACAACAUGUGUAGUGGAUGAAGAUGUUGAAAUAGAUGAGCCUGGUUAUAAAUUUACAAUUGAUACAAGUGCAAUCGAUUCAUCUCAAAUUAGAACAUUGUCGAUAUCUAAUAAUCCUAAAAUUAAAUUUUUGCCCGAAAAUAUCGGUCAAUUGUUUCCAAAUUUAGAAAAUGUUAUGAUCACAAAUACAUCAAUUGAGGAUGUGCCUGAUGAAACUUUCAAUGAUAUGGACAAAGUUAAAUAUGUUGAUUUGUCACGGAACAAAAUUAAAAGGCUCAAUCCUAAUUCAUUCACUGGUUUGAGCUCAAUCAACAAAAUAAAUUUGAGUGAUAAUGGAUUCGAGGAAUUAGAUCAUGUGCCAUUUACAAAAAUACCAUCAAUCAGUGCAAUUGACAUAACUGGGAAUAAAUUAAAGCCUGCUGCUAGAAAAUUACUCGUCAAAAACUUUCCUGACGUUGAUUUUGAAGGCAUAGAUGAAAUUGAAGAUCCAGUCACUGAGAUGAUUGAAGAAAUCACAGAUAAAGAAGUUACAUGCGAUAAUAUUGAACAAAAUCAUGCUAAAGGAACAUUUACAUGCACAAUGAACAGUCAAAUUAUUGAUUCACCAGAUUACUUCCUCAAACUUCCGGAAAGUCUUAGCUUUAACAGCCUUACGUUGGUGGGCAAUGAUAAUAUUCAGUACAUACCUAAAAAUUUAAAUAACGUCUUCCCGAAUGUAAAACAUCUCAAUUUUCAUAAAACUGGAAUUAAGGAAGUUCCACAAGAUAUAAAGAACUUCAACAAUCUUGAGACACUCGACUUGUCUAAUAAUAAAAUUAAAACUUUAAAGCCAUCAGAUUUCCACAAUAUGCCUGCACUAAAAAAGCUGUCAUUAGAUGGAAAUUUAAUUGAGGACGUAGAUGAAUCUGCAUUUGAUUUACCUUCUUUGGAAUGGAUAAAUUUGAGUGGUAAUAAAAUUUCAUCAAUACCGUCUAAAACAUUCCAUAAGCUACGGAAAGUGAAUUGGAUAUCUCUGGAAGACAAUGAUGACUCCUUUGAUGUGGAUGAAAGUAUAUUUGAAUCUAUACCUAGCAAAAACAUAGAAAUAUCAUACACAAAAGGAGGCAAGAAGAGAAUCAUUGAAGUUAAUGCUGAUUUUGAUGAAGAUGAGGAAUCAGAUGACUCAGAAGAGUACGAGGAAGUAACUGAAAUUCAAGUUGUUCGACGUAAAACGACAAAAAAAAUCAAAAAAAUUCGUCCGCAAGAGGAAGAAUACGAAGUAGAAGAAACAACUGAAUAUUUUACAACCAAUGAAGUGACUUGUGAGUGGGAAACCGAUGAUGAACUGCACAUUUGUGUCAUUAAAGAUCAGCCAAUAAAAACCAAAGGUUUCAAAGUCAAAUCAACACCUGAUGACUCCAAGAUCAAAGAAUUUAAGAUUGAGAACAAUGAAAAUGUUGAAUUUUUACCAGAAAAUAUUGGAGAACUGUUUCCAAAUCUCCAAAAAUUAACAGUAAGGAACACCUCUGUGUCUGAAAUACCAGGAGACAUUUUCAAGAAACUCCAUAAGCUGAAAACUCUCGAGCUACCAAACAAUCAAUUAAGUGAAUUAGAUCCAGAAAUGUUGAGCGAUGCACCGAUACUUGAGGAAGUCAACUUAAGUGGAAAUAUUAUCAAGAAAAUUCCUGAUGACAUUUUUAAAUUUGUACCAGAUUUGAAGAUUGUGGAGCUUGACAACAAUGAAAUUACUGAUCUAGAUCCAAAGAUUUUUGAGAGUGUUCCUAAUUUAAGCACAUUAUCAUUUGAAGGAAAUAAUAUUCCAAUGGAACUAAGCGAGGAUAUGUUCACGAAUAAUCCAUUUUUGAAGAUUUUUGGAUCUAAUUCAUCUAUGAAAACAACAACCAUAAAAUCUUCAGUUGUCGAUGAGUCUAAAGAACUUGAAUGUGAUGUUGGUUGGAAACGUGUGGAAUCUGGAAGUGAAAGUUCUGUAAGUUACAGUGAAAGUGACGAAGAAAACGGGGACAAAUCCUUAACAUGUAUUCUUGAAGAUCAAUCAAUUCUAGAUGAAGAAUACAGAAUCAAAUCAACUUCCAAAAAUCCUGAAAUAAAAGCUUUUAGCAUCGAAAACAAUCACGAUGUUAAGUUCUUACCAGAAAAUAUUGGAGACCUGUUUCCAAAUCUAGAGAAAAUAUUCAUCAAAAAUACAUCAAUUUCUAAAGUUCCAAAUAAAGUGAUGAAAAAAUUGAAAAAACUCAAAGUACUUAACUUACCGGACAACAACUUAUUAGAAUUAGAUCCUGAGAUGUUGGAUGAUAUUCCUUUGCUAGAAGAAGUAGACUUUAGUGGAAACAAAAUUGAGAAGCUUCCAAAAAAUAUCUUUAAGAAGGUCCCAAAAUUAAAAAUCAUCAGCUUUGAAAACAAUGAAUUUACUGAGAUGGAACCAGAAAUAUUUGAAAGCCUUCCACAUCUUACAAAAAUUACUAUGGAUGGUGAUGAUCUGCCUGAUGAAUUUACUCAAAAGUUGAUGAAAAAGCAUCCACAAUUAAAAAUCAUAAAAUCCACAAUAAAAACAACUACAAUGGAAUCAAUUAUUGAGACAGAGGAACUAGAGGAAGUAGAAUGCGAUACCGAUUAUGUCGACUUUGAAUCAAUUGAUGGAGAUAAUGAUGUAUCAAAUAUUUUUACAUGUGUCAUUACAGAUCAGGAAAUUAAGAAACGAGGAUCCAAAAUCAAACCCACUCCAAAUGAUAAAUUUAUCGAAGGUAUCAAAAUUGCAAAUAGUAAGGAUAUAAGGUUUAUUCCCGAAAAUAUUGGCGAGCUAUUUCCCAAUGUACAAAAAAUAUCCAUUCAAAAUACAUCAGUUCGUGAAAUACCAAAUGACAUAUUUAGAAACAUAAAUAACCUUAAUUUGCUUGACAUUUCAAACAACAAAAUCAAAGAAUUAGUUCCAGAAAUAUUUUAUAAUCUGCCACAGCUUGAAGAAGUCGAUUUGAGUGGCAAUGAGAUUCAAGAGAUUCCUGAAAAUUUAUUCAAUAAUCUACCAGAACUAAAGGUUAUCGACUUGGGAGAUAACGAGAUAACAAAUCUAGAUCCAGAAUUGUUCAAAAGUACACCAAAAUUAACAAAGUUGAUAUUAGAUGAAAAUAAGUUGCCAGAUGAAGUAAUAGAAGAAUUAAUAAAGAAAAUCCCAAGUGUUAAGAUUCCUACAUCAAAAACUACUAUUUUAUCCAUAACAACUACGGAACCAAUAACUGAUUUUCCAGUAUUAAAGGAAAUAACAUGUGACACAGAAUAUUCUGAAUGGAAAUCUAUCGAUAACGAUGUUUCAAGUAUUUUCACGUGUGUUAUCAAGGACCAAGAAAUUGAUGACACAGAGAUCAAAAUUAAACCCACUCCAUACGAUUAUCAUAUCCAUGGUAUUAAAAUUGAAAAUAAUAAAGAUGUUAAGUUUGUGCCGGAAAAUAUUGGAGAACUCUUUCCUAAUAUCCAAAAAAUAUCUAUACAGAAUACUUCUGUAUCAAAGAUACCAAAUGAGGCUUUAAAGAAUCUUGAUAAUCUUAAAGUACUUGAUUUAUCAAAUAACGAUAUUAAAGAAUUAGAUCCAGAAAUUCUCAAUAAUAUUCCGAUGCUUGAAGAAAUUGAUUUGAGUGGAAAUAAAAUUCAAGAGCUUCCAGAUGAAUUAUUCAAGAACGUUCCUGAAUUGAAGGCUGUUGAUUUAACUAAUAAUGAAAUUACUAAGCUUGAUCCUGAGAUUUUUGAAAGUACUCCACAUUUAAAGAAAUUAGUAAUUGAUGGAAAUGAUUUGUUAAAUGAUCUGAAUGAAGACUCUUUUGUGUACAACCCAAUGCUGGAAAUUUCUAAAGAAGUAAUUCCACAGAAAACUACAGCCAAAUCUAUGCUUGAGAAAGAAGUAACAGAAGAAUUGUUAGAAGAAUUUAUCACUGUUACACCAAUCAUAUCAACCACACAAAUUGUUACUGAAAAAUCUACUCAUGCACCUGUUAAAACUACAGCUUCAAGCGGACCUCAUGGAGAUAAAGGAUCAACGACAACAAAGAGAACACCAGUAAGUCGAACAACAUCUCGAUACACAACAAAAACUUCAAGUGGACGUACAACAGCAGCAACUCGACCAACAAAAUCUCCAGACGGAAAUGCCGAAGUUUCAGGAGUAAGAAGAACGACUCAAAGGCCAAGAUUUAAACCAGAAAUAUCCAGUUAUAGAACAACGACUCCAAAAGUGCCUCUCAAGACAGUCAAAUGUGGAAUAAUUUAUGAAACAUCAGAACCUAAUAGUAAAAGUGUCAUCAAAUGUGACAUGAGUGAUCAAAAGAUUGAAGAUCCUGAAGUAUCAUUUGCAGAUAUACCAAAUGGCAAGGAAGUUGAGGUCUUGAAAUUUGACAAUAACAAGAACAUAAAAUAUCUUCCUGAUAAUAUUGCAUUAGUAUUCCCAAAUUUGAAGGAAAUUACUGCCGAAAAUUCUGCAAUUGAAUUGAUCCUUCCAGGUGACUUUGAGGAUCUAAAUAAACUUGAAAAUAUAGUCUUAUCAGGAAACGAUUUAAAGUCAAUAGAACCGGAGACAUUUGAUGGUUUGGAUAAUUUAAAAAAUCUUGACCUAAGCAACAAUCAGAUUGAAUUCAUUGACGAAGAUGCUUUUGGAAGGUUACCGUCAUUGAAAAAUCUCGAUCUUGAUAACAAUAAAAUUACGUUCAUUCAUCCAAAAACCUUCAGAAACAUACCAAAAUUAGAGACAUUGAAAAUUGAAGGAAAUAAUAUUCCAUCAUUACAUGAGAAUGUUUUCAGCAUGAACCCACAACUAAAGAAAGUGAAGCAUUCAAUUCCGUCAUUUGUUUUACUUACAACAACACAAAAGCCACAAGUGAAAAUUCAUACAACAUUUAUCAAGUCAUCAACAACAGCAAAACCUAAAAUACUGCAAACAACGAUACAGAAAAUAAUUGACACUCGAACGACAACUAUUCCAAGAAGACAUAAAGUUUCACCAUUUAAGGAAGUGGAAUGUGACUAUGAAAACAUACAAUGGGAUUUCUCUGAUGAUGUUUUAUUCAGUUGCGAUUUAAAGGAUGCAGUAAUUGAUGAUACAAAUUAUGUAAUUAAGCAGUCACCAAAGAAUAAACGAAUUAAAGGAUUGAGCCUUGUUGAUAGCAAAAAAGUAAAGUUUCUACCUCAAAAUAUUGACAAGGCUUUUCCAAAUCUUGUUGAAAUUUCUACCUUUAAUUCAUCCAUUAAGCAUAUUCCUAAAGAAAGUUUGAAGAACUUACCAAAGCUUCGAGGACUUAACUUGAUGUCAAGUGGAAUAUCAACGAUAGCUCCAAAUGCAUUUGACGAAAUACCUUCUGUAGAAUAUAUUGAAUUGUCUGAUAAUAAUAUUAAGGAUUUGCAUCCAGAUUUAUUUAAAAAGAAUCCCGCUUUAAAAUAUCUAUACUUGAAUGACAACAACAUUAAAAGCUUAGAUUCAAAUAUCUUUGAGAAUCUGCCUGAACUAAGGAAUAUUUCACUUGAAGGUAAUGAAAUUAAGGAAGUGAAUAAGAAGCUUUUUAAAAAUAAUUAUGAACUUCAAAAUGUUUGGUUGAAUGGAAAUAGAAUCAGUGCAAUUGAUCCAACAAUAUUUGAUGGGAAACGAGCUUUAGAAUAUGUUGAUCUUCGUGAAAAUGACUGUAUUGAAGAGUUUUUUGAAGGAUAUGAAAUCGAAGGUAUUAGAAAUAUUUUAAAAAAUAAAUGCAAAACACCUGAAGAAGAUCCAACUGAAGAAGUUAUUAGAACAACAGCGAAGCCGAUCCGAGAACAUAAAGCAACUACCCCAAAGAUAAUAUCAGGAGGUUUGAAUUCAUACCCUACAAGAAAACCACCACAUUCCAUUCCUGACGAUCAGAAAUUCACAACACGACCAUCUUAUCAAAUUUCUACAGAAAAACCAGCGGAGCCACAAACAAUUCCUUCAUAUAAUUAUAGAACAUCGACUUAUAGAUCACCAAGUAGUGUUACAGAAACUCCAGCACACUCGUCAACAGUUUCAUCAUUAAAUUACAGAACAUCUACUCGCAGAUCCUCAAACAAUUUCUCUGAAAGACCAUUGCAGCCUACCAGAGGACCACAACAUUUUAUUGGAACUACAGAAAUCGUGACAAAACGACCAAAAGAAGUCAAAUGUAGCUUGAAUUAUCACGAAUUUCCAGGAACUAGACCUGAAAAUUACACUUGCUUUAUUAGUGAGCAAGCAAUUGAUGAUCCAGAAUAUAUAAUUAAGGCAACUCCACAUGACGAAUUUAUAACUGGUGUAGCAAUUGACGACAAUAAUAAAGUCAAGUUCUUACCUCAAAAUAUUGGCGAAAUAUUCCCAAAUCUUAAGCAUUUAUCAGCAAAACAUAACUCAAUUGAAAAUGUUCCAAGCUUGAAUAAUUUAGAAAAUGUAAAGACAUUGGAUCUUUCAGAUAACGGCUUGAAAAUAAUUGAUCCAGAAGUAUUAAAAAGGUUGCCAUUGCUCGAGGAUUUAAAUUUGAGUGGAAAUCAAAUUCCAUUAUUCAUUAAUAGCACUUUUGAUAAUCUGCCAAAUUUAAAGACAUUGGACAUAUCGAGAAAUAACAUUGCUGAAUUGUCACCGGAAAUUUUCAAUAAAUUACCAGAGCUUCAAAAAGUCUCACUCGAUAACAACGAAUUAACUGAGCUUCCAGAGAAAAUUUUCAACAAAAAUCCAAAGCUUCAAGUCGUAAAUUUAAAUGGCAAUAAAAUAAACAGGAUAAGUCCAGAGACAUUUGAGAACUUACCAAAUCUUGGGGAAGUAAAUUUAGAAGAAAAUCCAUGCAUUAAUGGAGUGUACAAGUCCGGUGCAUUUUAUGCAAUGAAAUCAGAUGUCAUAAAAGGUUGUGCACCUGAUGAGUACGUUACACCAUCUGUUAAGGAAGUUAUGACAACAACUAUUUAUUCAAUUGAAAAAUUGAAGCCAAAUGCAAUUGAAUGCAAUUAUGGUGAUACACAUUCCUCUACAUAUGAUGUUUAUCUUCCUUCUUGCAUGAUAAACGAAGAUAAAAUUGUUGAAGUACCCGAGUGGGAGAUCAAAGAAAUGCCUGCAAAUAGAAGAGUGAAGCGGUUUAUGAUUCUUGACAACGAUAAGAUUGAAAAACUUCCAAAGAACUUGGGUGAAGCUUUUCCAGAUUUGAAUGAUAUUAUCGUGACUGGAGCACCAAUAAAGUCAAUUUUACCAACAGACUUCAAAGACUUGAAAAAUCUCAAGUCAAUUUCCAUAACCGGUAGUUCUAUCAAAGUUUUAGAUCCAGAAACUUUCAAAGGAGCUCCAUUGCUAGAAGAUCUUGACUUGAGUAACAACAACAUUCGACACAUUGAUGAUGGUGCAUUUGAAGGAAUCAAAAGAUUAAAGAAUCUUGAUUUGAGUGGAAAUAAACUUCCGAAAAUAUCAAAAAAUAUCCUUAAACCACUGCCAGAAUUGAAAAUAAUAAAAUUGACUGGAAAUGAUUUACAAAAUGUCAAUAGUGACCUUUUCAAAGGAAAUCCACAGCUCUAUAAAGUCAAUCUUGAUGAAAAUAAUUUACGCUCAAUUGACCCAGAUGCAUUUGACCGACUUCCACAUCUAAUAAAUAUAAACUUGAACAAGAAUGAUUGCAUUGAUAGAUCAUUUGGAGCAUCAAAUAUGCAUAUGAUGAGGAAAAUCGUUAAUGAAAAUUGUCAACCUUACGAUGCACUCAAGAAUGAGUUGAAAACAUGCAGAAAGGAAAUUGAAAAUUUCAUUUCAAGACCAAAGGAAAAUGAUGUUGGAGAAAAGGAUACACUUAAGGACGUGAUUAAGAAAUCAGAGAAUAAAAUUAAGCAAUUAAAUAUUCAGCUCAAUAAACUGAGAAAUGCACUGAAUGCAGAAAAAGCAAUGUUAAGGAAAGAGAUUGAAAAAUCAAAGAAUCUUGAGACUGAACUCGAAGGAAUUAAAAAGAAAUGUGCCAGAGUUGAUGAAAAUCACAAUGUACUAAUUGAUUUAAAUUGUAACUAUAAUGAGCUGAAUAAUGAGAAAUAUUCAUGCAAUGCUCGUGAUCUGAAAAUCAAAAUUGAAAAUUCAACGAUCGAAAAUCCAAAUGGCAAUCAUAAGCGUGGUAAACGAGAUGCUGAUGUUAAUUCAUUAAUUAUUUCAAAUCAAGAUGUUAAAUAUAUUCCAAAUGGAAUUUCAAAUCACUUCCCACAGCUCAAAGAGUUGACAAUCGAGAAUUCAGGUUUAGUGAAAAUCAAUCAAGCUCCAUUUAGAAAUUUACCUCAUCUUAAUAAAUUAAUAAUUAGGGGAAAUGAUAUUUAUCACAUCGAACCGACUGCAUUAAAUGAUAUUCCACAAUUGGAGCAUCUCGACUUAUCACAAAACAAUAUAAUGGAUAUUCCAAUAAAGUUUCUUGAAGAGAUGCCAAAACUCAAAAUACUCAAUUUAAAUGAUAAUGCACUUUUGUCAUUACCACAAAACAUUAUACCAAAUGUAAAUAGCUUGAAAACAUUUACAGUCGGUAAUAAUAAUUUGAAUUUCAUCGAUCCGAGAAUUUUCAAGCGUUUGAAUAGUGCCGGUGUCGUUGACUUUACUAACAAUAAAUGUAUCGACAAGAAAUUUAAUGAAAAUGAUGAUGAUAGAAGAGACUACAUGUCAUUCAUUGGCAUUGUCAGCAUAAAAUGCACAAACAAUAUUGACGAUAGUGGUGAGGAUGGUUUCUGUACUGGCAGAAAGAUUUGAGUGAAUUUUGCUUUUCCUUUUAUGUUUAAUGUUUUUUGAUUGAAUGUGAAUAUUAAAAAAAAUCGAAGCGCCUUAUGAAUUCGAAAUAUUAAAGUCAAUAAAUAUUUUAUUAUGAAUAUUAUAUUUUUAUGAGAAAUAAAAAU